ACCGGUAUAUCAUCGGUGAUACUGGCAGAGCCAGUAACACCAUUUCAAGCAAACGCAAGAAUCUAUCCUCACAUUUCCUUUGUUUUUAGAUUGUCCAAUCUUCAGUGUCGAAAUGCCUCUGCAUCAUCAUCACCACCACCAUCACGGACACGGACUCUUUGGUCACCAUCAUCACCACCACCACCAUGGACAUCAUCACCACCACCCCGGUGGCAUCAUAACUGGUCUAGCGGUAGGUGCUGCGAUUGGAGCUGCGUCUCGUCGGCCCGCACAGCCAACCGUUGUACAUGUACAGGCUCCACCAGCUGUUGUGCCUGCGUAUCCAACUGGACAACACCCACCACCACCGCCCCCCAUGCAACCUGCUCCACCUCCCUACUCAGUAGCCCCACCGGCCAUCCAAGCUGCACCCGCUGCCCCUGCAUAUCCGUCCACGCCAGCGUACCCCUCGGCACCAGCCUAUCCUGCACCACCGGCAUAUCCUCCACAGUACCCACACUGAACAUAAAAACUGGAAAUAAAACCGAUCGAGCAUCUCCGUUGAAACUUAAACACUCCGGUAUAGUCUCCGAACGAGUUGAGAAGCAAUCCCUAGAUACGUGUUUUCGUUUCCAGGGUCACUGGACACUAAGUUUCAUUUCUCUUCGGGACAUGUAAGCUCACGAUGUCGAAGAGUAAAUUUCAUUAUGCAUUGCAUGCAAAAUGCAUCUCACUUGAGUCGUAAACAAACCAAGAGGAAAUAAUUUGUCGUUUAUGCAUUUGCCUGUUUUUUUAUACGCAAUUUCUGGCAUGGAAAAGAAUCUCCAUGAAGUUGUUCAAAGGGCCAAAAUUUUGCGAGGAGGGAAGUUUAGCAUAUCAUGGAGGAUGCAUUCUGGGUAAUUACUACUUAACCCCAUUUAAAGUCCGCAAAACGGACUCGAAUUUGCAAAAGACAGUUUGUAUCAUAUUUUCAUUAUUUCAUAACGAUGUAAAUAAUGUGUUACUUAUCACUAAAAGUAGAAAUCAUUUCAAGAAUAAAGACAGAUGAAUAACACUUCGUGAAUGCUUCUA